AUGAUCAAAAUAACGGAUUAAGGGCAGAUCGAUCGAUUUGGUAGAGUUCGAUGGGGCUAUCUUCUCUGUUCGAUCGUACCGUUCGAAGAUCAUUGGGAUCUAUCUGGUUGUGUGUUUAUAUGUUAGUGAUUCUACAAAGUAAUAGAAGAGUGCUAUCAGAAUCCAAGUAUCUAAUUGGUCUUGGAAGCCAUGACAUCACUGGACCAGCAGCAGAUGUCAACAUGAUGGGAUAUGCAAACACGGAACAAAUAGCAUCUGGAGUUCACUUUAGAUUACGAGCUCGUGCAUUCAUCGUUGCGGAGCCUCAAGGAAAGCGGGUCGUUUUUGUAAAUCUUGAUGCUUGUAUGGCCUCACAGAUUGUGACAAUUAAGGUGCUUGAGAGACUGAAGGCAAGGUUUGGGGACUUAUACACUGAAGAGAAUGUUGCUAUUAGUGGAAUCCAUACUCAUGCUGGCCCAGGUGGGUAUCUCCAGUAUGUUGUGUACAUUGUGACAUCUCUUGGAUUCGUGCGCCAGUCGUUCGACGUCCUUGUGGACGGUAUCGAGAAGAGCAUCAUACAAGCUCACGAAAAUCUCUUGCCAGGAUCAAUCUUAGUAAACAAGGGAGAACUCAUUGAUGCUGGCGUGAACCGCAGCCCGAGUGCUUACCUAAAUAAUCCUGCCUCGGAGCGUGGCAGAUACGAAUAUGAUGUUGACAAAGAGAUGACACUUUUGAAGUUCAUAGAUGAUCAAUGGGGUCCUGUGGGUAGCUUCAAUUGGUUUGCGACUCAUGGAACGUCUAUGAGUCGUACGAACUCGCUAAUUAGUGGCGAUAACAAGGGCGCUGCUGCAAGAUUUAUGGAAGAUUGGUUUGUGCAGAAGGGUAUUGGAACCUUGCAAACUGGUAAAUCUGAAGCUGAUAGUAUUCCACGCAGAGUCUCAAACAUUAUUCCUGAAGCAUAUAAAGAUG